AUGGCAGAACCCCGGAGAGGCGGCAGGCAGCGUCGCACAUUAGUUGCUCGGAGUGGCGGCGGCCGCUCGUCUGUUGGGAAAACGAUGGCGAAGAGUGGUCAGAACGACGCCAGAACAGUCGAGUCGUACUAUGAGCAACGACAGAAAAAGAAGAAGGAGGAGGAUGGCGGAACAAUGGCGACGCACACAGACCCGAAAACCACGCCGGUGUUACACAUUGAUCAUUUACGCUCAGUCUUCCAAGUACUCAAGGAAAACCAACUAUAUGUUAAGAUGGAGAAGUGCUCCUUUGCCCAACCUGAAGUAUCAUUUCUAUGGCAUAGGAUUGUUGACGGAAAGAUCCAUUUGGAUGAAAGCAAAGUAGCCAUCAUUGAGUGGGAGCCGCCUAAUAAUGUAUCCGAGUUACGAUCAUUCUUGGGCCUAAUAAACUACUAUCACAAAUUCGUCUCAAGGUACUCGGCUAGAGCUACACCACUAACUGACCUUCUCAAAAAGAAAGGGAUAUGGGAAUGGACCGAGAAAUGUCAAAGAGCAUUUGAUGACUUAAAAAAUGCAGUCACGAAAGAACCUGUCUUGAAGCUUCCAGAUUACUCCAAACCCUUCUUAGUACAAACGGACGCGUCAGUGCGAACCAGCGAGAUUAGGCCAGACUGA